AUGAAAACCGCUCUCCCCGACAACGCCAAGAUCGCGAAGGAGGCGAAAGAAUGCAUGCAAGAAUGUGUGAGCGAGUUCAUCUCGUUCAUCACCAGCGAAAGGAAGACGGUCAAUGGGGAAGACAUCCUCUUUGCGAUGACCUCACUCGGAUUCGAGAACUACUCCGAAGCGCUGAAGAUAUAUCUUUCAAAAUAUCGAGAAACCCAAUCCUCAAGGGGGGAGAACCAGAACCGGCCACCGAGCAGCGGGUACGGCGGACCAGUCGGGGCAACUGGAAGCGGUGCCCCAGGUGCUGGCAAUCCAGCGGGGCCAGGUUUCGCGGUCGCACCCGAGACUUCCAGCAACAUAUUGAGCCCGAACCUGGACCCCAACGAACAGGCCGGCGCAACAUACGGAUAUUCCACUAUGGUGGCCCCUUCGCACAAUGGUGCAGGUGGCGAGGCUUACUGA